GUGAGCCGCAGCCGGACGCUGCCGUGUCCUCCCUCAAAGCUGCCUUGUUGGAGGAAGUGAAGUCAGUCUAACAUGAGUUUCCACUACGGACAGGGCUAUCCAGGAGGGGGCAACCCACAACCAAAUGCUCCAUAUGGAGGUGGACGUGGUCCUUAUGGUGCUCCCCCCUCAGCUCCGUAUGGAGGUGCCGCAGGUCAACCAGGAGGUUCCUAUGGUGGUUAUGGAGCCCCAGCUCACGGAGCGCAGUAUGGACACGUACCAGGGGGUGCCCCCAGUGGACAUUAUGGAGGUUAUGGUGGACAGCCUCACGGCGGACAUUAUGGACACCAUGCUCCUGCAGGUAACGUUCCUCCUGGAGUUAACCCAGAGGCAUAUCAGUGGUUCCACACUGUUGACACGGACCGCAGUGGCUUCAUCAACCUAAAGGAGCUGAAGCAAGCACUUGUCAACUCCAACUGGUCUGCUUUUAACGAUGAGACCUGCCUCAUGAUGAUCAAUAUGUUUGACAAAACCCGGUCAGGUCGAAUUGACCUGUUUGGCUUCUCAGCACUGUGGGACUUCAUGCAGCGAUGGAGAGUGCUCUUUCAGCAAUAUGACAGAGACCGUUCUGGGACCAUCAAUGGCACAGAGCUACACCAAGCCCUGGCUCAGAUGGGCUAUAACCUCAGUCCCCAGUUUUCUGAGACGUUGGUGCAGCGAUUCACCAUGCGAGGUGGGCGACCGGGCAUCCAGCUGGACCGCUUCAUCCAGGUGUGCACACAGCUCCAGAGCAUGACGCAGGUCUUCAGGGAGAGGGACACGACCAUGACUGGCAAUAUCCGCCUCAACUAUGAGGACUUCCUCUCUGGUGCCGUCACCAGGCUAAUGUGAGCAUCCUGUGACUGACAGUCCCACUGCACUGUGGAUACACGGCAUCAUUCCAUGUUCUCUUUUCAGUAUUCUCACAGAAGUGCCCGCACAUGCUGGUAUGUAUGCAGUACAACAGCCAGUGUGCAUGAUUCCAUACCUUGUUGCUGUAAAUAGAUAAAGCUCAUGAAGCUCGAAUAAAAUGACUAGGACAGUUCCUGCAUAUCUUAAACUCAGCCUGGGAUUAACGGUAUACUGUAGAUCCUUCCAUUCAUCUCACCAUGCAUUCCUAGGUAACAGUGGCAGUUAACAAGUCUAAUUUUUUUUACAAGAUUUAAGUUAUGAAUAGUGGAAUUGAGAUCAGAAAGGGCACUUUAUUAGUAUGUGUUUGAUCACCUCAAUGUUAACCCAGCAACCCUAUUUCUGUCAGGAGUGAAUCCAUGUGUCAAUUAACUAAAGGAGGUUACACACCUGUGAACGAAUAAGAAGAAAUGACAUGAAAUGAAAUAUGUCUCUGCUCCUACUAUAGAGAGUACAUGCUUUUGUCUGACAAUGACCUUUGUAUGACAAUGACUUUUGCUGAAUGUCAAAUUCAUAUUCUGUGAAUUUGCUCACAUGCAGCUUCAACAUAGUCUGUGCCAUUAAAAACAGGUUUUCGGAAAUAUUUACGGACGGUUAAUAAAAAAUAUUCAUAAACGACCAGAGGAAUUAAAGAAAUAGGGUUUUCCAUCAUGUUGUAUGUUGUUGUUAUGUUUGCCAUCUUCAUUUCAGUGAUUGUGGGGCCAGUACUUUCAAACGAAUGAUACACUCCAGUGAUUUGUAACUGAAUUUGCCAAAAUGCUCCUUGAUGCCAAAAACAAAUAAAUGAUUCCCAUCACA